AUGAACAAGGCUGGGGUGGGUAGAAAGGCCGGACUCCGGGACCGAGUGAUGCUGAGGUGUCAGAGGGCGGCAUCAUUUUACUAUUGCCUGUUGAGUAGCGGCCACAUCUUGCACUCCAUUGGUUGGCUGGCGGAAAGACAUCACGUCAGCUCCGCGGCCAUCCAACGCAUGCCAGGGGCUGAUUGGUGCCAGUUUGCCUGGCGCGCAGGCUCUAUUGGUGCACAUUUGCAGCUGGUGUGGCCGAGUCUGAUUGGCUGGAGUGGCAAUUCUGUGCCUGAAUCCGACCGGGCUUCGCACGCACCAUUGCCCCGAGGUCUCGCGAGCACCGCCGAUCGGGGUCGACGUUGGGGGUCGACGACGCAAGUCGUUUAA